AUGCCUGAUGAGACAUGUGUUGUAGAUGGGGACGUGGCGGGAGAUGCCAUGUGUGUUGGAGCUGCUGGUUCAAGUUGUGUUGUGGAUGGCAAUACGGCUGGAGACUCCAGUUGCGUUGUGGCCUCCUUGGCCACUCCUGUUGUGGCUGGUGACGCGGCUGGUGCAACCACUUGUGGUGCAGCUGGUCGUUCAAGUGGUACUGAGGAUGGUGACGCGGGUGGAGACGCCUCUUCUCUUGUGGCUUCUGCUGGCUCUCCUCCUGUGUCCGGCAACGUGGCUGGCGAUACCUGCAGUGUUGCAGUGGGCAACGUGGCUGGUGACGCCGCUGUUGUAGCUAAUGCUGGCUCCUGUGAGAAAAAGAUAUAA